UAGGAGGGGGGGGUGUUAAUUUGGUGUUGCGCAUCCUCUUUGCGCGCCUGUUUCGUUUCGUUAUUCAUAAACGUGGUACUCCGCCAGCCUUGCGGAUGGAAUCAGAACAGGACCCGGACAUCCAGUUACUCCCACGAGGGACGUUUAUGUGUCGCUUGUGUGAAGUGAACGUGCCUAACCGGGCAAGUUUGGAAGACCACAAGAAAGGAAAAAAACACCAAAAGCUGUGCAGCAUCCGUGAAACUAGAAAGGUCCAAGAAGAACACAGCCUGUUUGUGAGUGGGUUCCAGCAUGGCACAUCAGAACUUGAAAUCACAGAUCACUUCCAGCGCUUUGGCCCUGUGUCAAGUAUUAUUAUGGACAAAAAUCAGGGUGUAUAUGCUUUUGUAGAGUAUGGCUCUAUCGAAAGCCUACAAUCGGCCCUCGCAGAACCAGAGCACAUAAUGAAUGGCAAACGCCUUAAAGUGAAGCCUCGAGAGAAGAAGGAAUUCAAGUAUACCCCAAAGAAGAAGCAGGCCCCUUCGAACAGCCUACUGCCCAGCCUUGAGCUGCUGUCUCCUGUUCUGUGUCAGGCUAAUGACGUGGACGAGCAGAUGGAAAAGUUGGUGCAGCUCUUUGGGUUUUCAGAGAGUGAGGAAAGACUUCGAGAGCUUGUCAUCUCUCUCAUCCAAGAAGUGUUCUCAGAAUUCUUUCCAGAGUGCAAGAUCAUUCCGUUUGGCUCCACUGUUAAUGGUUUCAACAUCCAUUGCUGUGACUUGGACCUCUUUUUAGAUCUGGAGCACACCAAAAUAUUUCAGGCUAAAUCCAAAGGUUCAAAUGAGCAGACAGGUGUCAUUGAAGACACACAGUCAGAGGACUCGAUCCUGUCUGACAUUGACUUAGAGACAGCCUCUGAGGCUGAGGUGCUGGAGCUGGUGGCAAUGGUGCUUCGGAAGUGCGUGCCAGGAGUUCAUAAAGUGCAGGCUGUGACAACUGCUCGCCGACCGGUUGUCAAGUUCAUCCACAAAGACUCUGGGCUCCAUGGGGACAUUUCAGUCAACAACAGGUUAGCAGUCAGAAAUACGAGCUUUCUUAAGUUGUGCUCUGCUCUAGAUAAGAGGCUUCGACCACUCGUCUAUGCUGUCAGGUACUGGGCAAAGCAAAAGCAUCUAGCUGGACAAUCUUCUGGCAGAGGUCCUACACUGAAUAACUACGCCUUAACUUUGCUGGUAAUUUUUUUUCUUCAGAAUAGGGAGAUUCCGGUUAUUCCAUCAGUCAACCAUCUUAAAGAACUUGCUGGAGAAGGUGACCAGUGUAUAAUCGAAGGCUGGGAUUGUUCAUUUCCCAGUGACGCCUCGACACUGCCACCAAGCAAAAACUGUGAAAGUCUAUGCACCCUGCUGUCCGAGUUUUUUAAUUUUUAUGGCCAGUUUGACUUUGUGAGUUCUGUGAUUUGCCUUCGAGAUAGGAAGGCUCUCCCUGUGACUGCCUUUCUUUCCAACAAGGAAGGCAAGAGCCCACGCCUUGGGCCCGUCAACAUUCUGGACCCCUUUGAGCUGUGUCACAAUGUAGCCGCCAACCUGAACGAGAGGAGCGAGCAGCGUUUUCGGAAGCAGUGUCUGGAAGCCGCCAAGUACUGCCGAAGUCUGCAGUAUCAACGCAAAUCGGCCAAAGGCAAAGUCUGGGGGUUGGUGCGACUCUUCAACGAAGACAGUGUUUCAGCUGAGGGCUCGCCUGGUGUGCCUGGUGAGGUGAGCCAGGAGAGGAUGGUCAUUGAUAUCCCCUUCAAGUUGGCUUCCCUCUCGGAGGAGACCAGGAAAAAGCUUUGCAACUCUGAUGACUUUCGACAGCUAUGGUUUGGCUGGGUAUCUGCGGCCGUGCUGAGCGUGCUGGAGGACAUGUUGAAGUGCACUUGUUGCAUUACACCUGCUGCUCUUCAGUAUUCAACGACUGCAGAGCACUGUGCAAAGCUGGAAGCUGGUGAAGACCCACACACACAGCUCCCAGAGCUCUCGACCAGAGUUGCUGAUCACAACGAACCUUCAGAUGAGGUACUAGAUGGAAAAAAUCCUCCAGAAGUGAACAGCAAUGAAAGUGAUACGACGGCCAGCAUGGCUGGUGAAUCUCUUAAUUCAAGUAAACGACAUCGCUGUUCUGAUGGAGGUGCAUCCAGCUGCAAGAAGCUAAGGUUUGAACCAGAAAAUAUGGCAGGUAAUGCCAGUUGGUAUUGCACACUCUGGCACAAGGUUUGGGCUGGACGGAGAAAAAUGAGACGAGACAUUUUGCGGGGUCUAAAGGCAUCAAGGACAGAUGAAAAUGAUGAUGAUAACGAUGGCGGUGGUAUUGAUCUGGAGGCCAGAGUGUCAGAGGCGAUAGCACAGCAGGAGCGUGCAUCUGGCAAUACAUCCGAGCCCGUCCUCAAUUUCACACUUCAUUUGGAAGUAGUUGGUGGCACAGAAAGCACAAGAACUUUGGCAGUUAUUACUCCAGUCCAGGACGCCAGUGGCCUUUUCCAGGAUUUCUUCCAUUUCUUGCAGUUAUUUCUACCAAAAAUGACCGAGAAGCUCUUGGAGAAGAAAAUAAAAUAGACUGCAGUUAAAAGAAGUACAUCUGUAGGUUCUAGGAGUUGGUUAUUUUCGACACACAGUGUAGUCAAAUUAGUGCUGAGGAUGCAGUCCAGGCUGGUGGUGUUCAUAUGGUGAGCCUAAGACAGUGAAUGCAAUGAAUGUAUUUUGAUUAAUCAUUGUUUCAUUUAUUGAAACCAUCAAGUGCCACAGGUUUGUAACAUGGUGGGAAGCUCACUGGGAUGCCCUUUUGUAUAAUAAAAAUAAAAAGUGCUGGCAAGGGACAUGAUAUUCACUGCCAGUCUCAUAACCAAAGAAAGAA